CCGGUACAGUCCUUACACCUGCCGGUCGUCGAUACAUUUGUUGCUGAUUUGCAUUCAUGUUUUUUCCUGCUUCCGGUAUUUAAGCAACGGUCUGCCGUUUUUGUGGUCCACGUCUAGAUUGUCAUUUGGCAGUGACACUUUUUCAGACUCGUUCUAGUCGCUAAAAAUUUCUGCUAUAUUUCAAUUCAACAACCUUUUCCCGGGAUUUGGAAGAGUGUUGCUGGAAUAACGAAUCAGUGGGUGAAAUGGCUGCAUCGGUACCAGAAAAUAUAAGUUUUCCGCAGGAAGAGGAGAAGAUUUUGGAACUGUGGAAACAACUAAACGCCUUUGAAACGUCGCUGAAAUUAUCGGAGGGGAAGAAAAGGUUUACGUUUUACGAUGGUCCUCCGUUCGCCACAGGCUUACCGCAUUAUGGGCAUAUCCUUGCUGGAACCAUCAAGGACAUUGUGACGCGGUUUGCGCACCAAUCCGGAUUCCAUGUGGAGCGACGUUUCGGCUGGGAUUGUCACGGUUUACCCGUCGAGUACGAAAUCGAUAAGACAAUGGGCAUCAAAGGGCCCGCGGAUGUGGAGAAAAUGGGCAUUGAGGCGUACAACAACGAGUGCCGUAAAAUUGUUAUGCGCUAUGCUUCGGACUGGGAGACCAUCGUAACUCGUCUGGGAAGGUGGAUUGAUUUUCGAAAUGAUUAUAAAACAUUGUAUCCCUGGUUUAUGGAGUCUGUUUGGUGGGUUUUUAAGCAGCUGUAUGAUAAGGGACUGGUGUAUCAAGGAUGCAAAGUGAUGCCGUUUUCCACCGGAUGUAAUACGCCACUGUCAAACUUCGAAAGUGGACAAAAUUACAAGGAUGUUACCGACCCAGCUGUAAUUGUCAGUUUUCCAUUGAUUGACGAUCCGACUGUUGCAUUUAUUGCGUGGACGACGACUCCGUGGACUUUGCCGAGCAAUCUGGCGCUUUGCGUUAAUCCAUCCAAAACUUACGUGAAGAUUCAAGACAACUCCAGCAAGAAGGUCUACAUUAUGAUGGAAGCGCGUAUUCCUGCAUUAUUCAAGAAAGCCGCGGAAUAUACCAUUCUUGAAAAAUUCACUGGUGAAACUUUGAAAGGGCUCAAAUACCUACCGCUUUUUAAAUAUUUCGUGGACCGACAAGAUGUUAAAGGGUUUGUGGUACUUGCGGAUGAUUACGUGACCGAAGAAAGCGGAACCGGCGUGGUGCACCAGGCACCAUAUUUCGGAGAGGAUGAUUACCGUGUUUGCGUCGCUCAUAAUGUCAUCACACGGGAUACUCCUAUGGUGUGCCCCGUCGAUGCCACUGGGACUUUCACGGAUGAAGUUACUGAUUUCAAAGGACAGUAUGUUAAAGACGCGGAUAAAGCGAUCAUUAAAUGGCUGAAAGAAAAUGGCAGAUUAGUCCAUGCCAGUCAGUCUACGCACAGUUAUCCCUUCUGUUGGCGAUCCGAUACGCCGCUAAUCUAUAAAGCCGUACCUAGCUGGUUCGUUCGGGUUGAGGAGCACGCUCAGGCCCUGCUGGCGAAUAACGAACAGACCUAUUGGGUUCCGGCAUUUGUUAAAGAAAAACGGUUCGCCAAUUGGUUAAGAGAUGCACGUGAUUGGGCCAUUUCGCGAAAUCGGUAUUGGGGUACACCGAUACCACUGUGGAUCAGCGAAGAUGGACAAGAAAUUGUUUGUAUCGGAUCCAUUGAGGAACUAGCCAAGUUAUCCGGCGUUACAGUCAACGAUCUUCAUCGGGAUACGGUUGAUAAAAUUACAAUCCCCUCGUCACGUGCGGGAGGUGGUGUGCUGAAAAGAGUUUCUGAAGUGUUUGACUGUUGGUUUGAAAGCGGCAGCAUGCCUUAUGCGCAGGUGCAUUAUCCAUUUGAAAAUCGCGGGCAAUUCGAGGAGAGUUUUCCAGCUGAUUUCAUUGCGGAGGGGGUGGAUCAAACUCGUGGAUGGUUCUAUACGCUCUUGGUGCUUUCGACCCUUCUGUUUGAGAAGCCACCUUUCAAAAAUCUGAUUGCUAAUGGUCUCGUCCUGGCAGCUGAUGGUCAGAAAAUGAGCAAAAGCAAAAAGAAUUACCCAAAUCCAGUAGAUGUCGUUCACAAAUACGGUGCCGAUGCUUUGCGUUUGUAUCUCAUAAACUCGCCGGUAGUACGUGCGGAAAAUUUACGCUUCAAGGAGGAAGGAGUACGAGAUAUCUUGAAGGAUGUGUUUUUGCCCUGGUACAAUGCCUAUCGGUUUUUCACGCAGCAAAAGGAGCUGUAUGAAAAGGACAAUGGGAAAAAGUUUGUGUUUGACGAACGCCAACGACUGCUCUCAGAUAACAUUAUGGACCGCUGGAUAUUGUCAUUUACUCAGAGCCUGGUUCAGUAUGUUAUGGACGAGAUGCAGGCGUAUCGUCUGUAUACGGUUGUUCCUCGGUUGGUAAAAUUUGUUGAUUUAUUAACAAACUGGUACGUACGCUCCAAUCGCAAACGACUUAAGGGAGAAGAUGGACCACAAGACACACAGAAAGCUUUGGAAACCUUGUUUGACGUUUUGUUUACGAUGGUGCGAAUGAUGGCCCCGUUUACUCCUUUCCUUACUGAACUGAUGUACCAGAAUUUGAAAGGACUGGUGAAAUCUGAAAAAGAUGUUAAUGCCACCGAAAAUCAAAGCGUACACUUUCUUAUGCUGCCGGAAGUGAAGAAGGAUGUGAUUCAUACGGAAAUCGAGCGUGCUGUUUCGAGAAUGCAGGCUGUUGUAGAUCUGGGUCGGCAGGCGCGAGAGCGGCGUACACUUCCCAUAAAGUCUCCUUUGUCGGAGGUUAUCGUCAUCCAUCAGGACCCGGCGUUCCUGGAAGAUGUGAGGGCUUUGGAGUCCUACGUGACCGAAGAACUGAACGUUCGCACUCUGACUACUACAACAGAUAAGAAACAAUAUCAUGUUCAGCUACGGGCAGAGCCGGAUCACAAAACCCUUGGAGCUAAACUGAAGGGAACGUACAAAGCUGUGAUUGAGGCCGUUAAGAACUUGUCAGACGAGGAGCUGUGUGGUUAUCAAGAAAAAGGCUUUAUUGAUAUCAGCGGCACUCGCCUCGAAGGAACGGAUUUGAAAUUGAUCUAUAUGUUUGGGGGACAAGCUGCUGGCGAUGCGGCUAAAAAUUACGAAGCAUCUUCGGAUAAUGAGAUGCUGGUACUGCUUAAUGUUAACCAAAGCCAAGAACUGUUGGAUGAAGGAACGGCACGCGAGGUGGUUAACCGUAUUCAAAAGCUGCGCAAGAAAGCCGGGUUGGUCCCGACGGACGACAUUCACGUGUACUAUGAGAUUACUCCAGCUGAAUCUGAACUGAAUGGUGUGAUGAAAACCUACACCGACUACAUUGGGAAUGCUAUUAAGAAACCGUUGUUUCAUUUUCCUGCCCCUGAAGGCGAGGAGCCGUUGGUGGGAGAAAGCCAGUCGCUGAAAGGAACAACCGAGGCAUUGCUGCAUCUCAGUCUUUUUGGAGGGCCGGAUUACAAAGGCGAUGCAAAAAACCCUUUAAAGAAACUCGCCGAUGAGUUUUCUUAAAUUUGACAAAGUGCAACUAAAAAAGGUCAUUCUUUUUUAUAUUUCUUUGGGAUUUUUGUUGUGUUUUAUUAUCGCUAUGCGUGUUGUUCAGAUGAAACGUGCGUAAACUCCUCGUUCAUGG